ACGAUCGUGGCCAACGUGACAAUGCUCGUAGCUUUGGUUCGAUCGAUCCUCCGAGAUGGGAGGAUUCUCACGACCAACAACAGCGUCAUCACUCGGAUUCUCAUGUCUUCUCUAGCGUUCUCCGACACCAUGACCGGGACGAUCGUCAUGACUUUUGGCAUCGUGGAGAUCUCCAACAACGGAAAGUGGAUGCUGGGAGGCCGGGUCUGCACAUUCCGUCUCGCCGUGAACAACCUCCUGUGCGCCGUGUCGCUGUACCACGUCCUGUGCAUGGCGGUCGACAGGUUUCUGGCGGUGUGCAGGCCGAUGACGUAUAGGUUACUGACAUCCCGUCAUGCCUAUCUGAUGGUGCUCCUGGCCUGGGGUUUCCCUGCCGUGCUAGUCGUUCUUCCAGAGGCUGCUGGCCUCCAUCACAUUGGAGUUGAGGACAAAGUUCACUGCAAUGAAAUCAACCACCUUUGUGGGAGUAUCUACAACACUCCAGCUUUGUUUUUAAUAUUCCCAUUCGCCUUCUACGUACCACUUCUUCUAACGUAUGUUCUCUACGUGAUGAUUCUGAUUGAAAUAAAACAGUUCCAUGAACGAGAUCCCAGGAAUGUAGUUUCUAAUGCUAACAGAACUACAUCUUUCACUAAAAGUGCACCUUUCAAUAAAACUACAUCGAGUUCCAUCGAAAAUAGAACAACUACGUCAAGGGAUUCAGGUACAUCAACACGAUCAGAAAGUUCCUGCUCCAACGUUACAUAUUCGAAAUCGCAAACAGAGUUAUAUUCAGACCUACCUGAUUUAAGGGUAACUUCUAACCGGCCCACAGAUAGAAGCCUCGAAAACGAAAUUCAUUUCAUUUCUAAACAUGGCGCGGCGUCCAUGGAAACAGUCCCCGGCAACAAUGUAAAAGAUAGUUCUUCUUCGUCCAAGAAGAUCAACAGGAGCCUGAAAGCGUACCGCACCAUUGGUUGCAUUGUGGUGUGCUGUACCGUUUGCUGGGUACCGACUUGGAUCACCGUUCUUCUUUUCAUCUACGACCUGCACUUCAUGCCCAUCAUUGGCGUGAUAGGCUUACUGUGGCUGGCGUAUUCUAACGCUGGACUGAACCCUGUCAUUUACUGUUUCAAUAAGUCGGUGCGACGCGCUGUCAGAGCUAUGCUGCGAUAA